AGCGGAGCCUGCGGUGCUGCAUUCUCUCCCCUCUCGUCGCUUACUUCGCUCCCUUCGUGUCGCUCGCACGUGGCGAUGGUUCUCGCCGCCUGCGGACCUCAUGCAGACGAUGUGCCUCUGUCGUCCAUCGCCAUCCCAUUCUCCGAGUGUUUCUUCAUCAAGCAAGACUACGCAGCAGAGCACCAGAAUGCGGCCAUGCAGAGCAGCAUCAGGUGCUCGUCCCUCUCCUUCUACGUCGACCUGGGCAAUGGCGACUCCACUGAGCCAGGUGAGUGAGGCGAUCCGCACAGGGACAGCGAAGCAGUGAACCAGUGAAGCAAGCAAAGCAGAGUGCACAGACAAGACAGACAGACAGACAGACAGACAAUCAUUGCUUGGUUGAUUCAUUCAUUCAUUCAUUGUUUCAUUGUUUGACUUGGUUGGCUUGUCGAUCAGGUGGUGCGUCAUCGUGGUGGGCGUGUGCGUCUGAGUCGGAGCAGGGUCCGUCUGGCGGCAGCUACGGCAGCUAUGGGGAGACCCUGACCGUGUCGACCCUCUCACAGCGGGAUCACACCCACAGCCACAGCCACCGCCACCGGCUCCCACACUGCCCUCCCCCUCCCUACCCCCUUCCCGGUCCUCCCGCACCUCUCCCAGUGCUGCCGUAUGUGGCAGAGAUGCCCGAGCACCUGCGGCUCCUGGCGUUUCGGUCGGGCGAUGUCGGCCUGUGUGAGCGCUUCUGCGCACUCUGCGGCAUGGCGACGGACAUCAGCUAUCGACAGACGCUCAAGACGCUCAAACUCCUGCACAGGGUGCGCAUCGACACACGCACCACACAUAAAUGUGCACAGAUGAGUUGGCGGGGUGGGCAUAUGUAUGUUUGCGUGUGGUGUGUGGUGGUCAGUGCCAGUAUCGCACGAAGGACAUCGUUCACGUCAUGGCUCUGGCGUCGUGUUACCUGGAGGAGUGCUCCGCGCAGCUGUCUGUGGGCGACCCGUCCGAGCGUGCGUACGAGUGCGUCCUGCUGAUCUACCUGGCGCACUGCUGGCUGCUCGACAGAGCUUGCCCCAUCAAAAUAUGGCACGAACACCUCGUAAGACGGACGCCACGUGCACAGAGAGACAAGGAGGGAGGCACUCAUGGCUCUGUGUGUGUGUGUGUGUAUAGACGGUGCGUUCGUACUCCUCCUUGUCGGCGUUCAGAAAUGCGAUGGUGAGGCUGUGGCAGCUCCAGAGCUUCCGCCUGUGCUUCGAUCGCGAGCCAGUGGUCGCCCGGGCCGAGUUCAUCCAGGGCACCGACAGCCACCGCCACUAUGACUAAUAAUCAAUCGUACAUACCACAGUCGUACUCUACACACACGGACGCUCAUACACACAUCCACACACAUGCAUGGCGUGGCCUCUUGCUUGCUUGAGUGGCGUGGAGCUCCAUUCAUGUGGGUGAGUGGGUGGAUGGAUGGAUGCAUGGGGCGGGUACAGGCCGCAUGUGUGUGUACAGUGUCACAGACAGACAGACAAACAGACAGACAGACAGAGAUGGCUUGCCGCAUCCUAUCGAGUCUUAAGCGGCCUGAGUGGGGGCCGUGUUUUGCCCUUUUCGAUGGUCACAGAAAGGUCCACAUCGCACCCGCACGUAAGGUCGAUGAAUGCUGGCAAAUCUGUGACGCGCACACGUCACUAACAUGUAUGGGGAGAGGGAGAGAGAGAGAAAGAGAGAGAUGGUUUCGACAGAGAGAUUCACUCGCUCGCUGCUCGAGUGUCCGUGUCCGUGUGUGUGUGUGUGUGUGUGGUGAAUUGGGCAUCGCCCGUCUGACGUAAGCUAACGAUGGAUGGAUGGAUGGACGGGCGUCAAUUCACAUGCCCUCCAAUAUGCACUGACUGGCUGUGUGAAUGUAUGUAUAGAGCAAGACAGAUCAACACGUACAGACUGCGAUCUGCGUGAGUGUAAUGGCAAUUCGCACCUGUGGGGUUUGUGUCUUCUCUCGCUGACCGACUGACUGCACGGACGAACAGUGAGUGCAUGAAUCUGUAUGUAUUUUGUGUGUAUGUAUGGUUGGGAUGUCCUCU